AUGCUUUCUAUGAGAACAACCGCUGGCGACUCGCCAUUUGAUGUACCAUGGCCAGUCAAGGAUGUAGUAUAUGUUGCCAUUGUGGGCAGCGUCAUGCUUGCCGCGCUUCUGGAAUGGAUCCUAUGGCUACUAGUCUUCCUCUACUGCUUGGUUAAAGUCUCCCAAAAGGCCAGUCACGGACAGGACAGAUGGGCGGUAAGAACACUCUGCGUGCUCAACAUGAUCUUCUUCAUAGGGAUGCGCCUAGUGUUCUUGCCAAUCAUGAUUGUCACUCUACCGCUACCAUCUCGGAUUGUUCGAUACUUUCCAGAAGAGAUGGUGACUGUGCUACAGUACUUUGCCUUUUGGUCGUUUGCUGGACUCCUGACUAUUCCUUGGCUUUUCUGCGUGUACCAGCUUGUCACUCACAAUAUCGGUCGAGAGCGCAAGUUGAAGACGGUACUCGACGAGCACACAGCACCCAAAGUGGUGGUCGUGAUGCCUUGCUACAACGAAGCCCCUGAGAUCUUGCUUCGGACGGUGGACUCGCUGGUCGAUUGCGAGUAUCCGCCGUCAUGUCUUCACAUCUUCCUUUCCUUUGAUGGUGAUCAGGAGAAUGAGUUGUAUCUCAACACGAUCAAGAGACUUGGUGUUCCCAUAACACUCGAGAAGUAUCCGAAAUGCAUCGAUGUGACUUAUCGCAGCUGUCGCAUCACGGUAUCACGAUUUCCACACGGUGGAAAACGUAGCUGCCAGAAGCGAACUUUCAAGCUGAUCGACAAAGUAUAUGCYGAAUACUUGCGGCGAAACGAUAAUCUUUUCCUGCUCUUCAUCGAUUCAGAUUGCAUCCUAGACCGAGUCUGCAUUCAAAAUUUCAUGUACGAGAUGGAGCUGAAGCCCGGAAGCGAGAGAAACAUGCUGGCAAUGACUGGAGUCAUUACUUCGACAACGGUCAAGAACACUCUGAUCACAGUGCUGCAAGACAUGGAAUACAUUCACGGACAGCUCUUCGAGCGCUCGGUCGAAUCUGGGUGUGGAGCAGUUACCUGUCUACCGGGCGCCCUCACCAUCCUGAGAUUCUCUGCGUUUCGCAAGAUGGCGAAGUUUUACUUUGCUGAUAAAGCCGAGCAAUGUGAUGACCUCUUCGACUAUGGCAAAUGCCAUCUCGGAGAGGAUCGCUGGCUGACCCACCUGUUCAUGAUUGGAGCAAAGAAACGAUAUCAAAUACAGAUGAACACUGGCGCGUUUUGCAAGACUGAAGCAGUACAGUCAUUCAAGAGCCUCCUCAAGCAGCGAAGAAGAUUUCAUCACCAACGAGGUGUGCAUGCUGACCGACAUAAGACUUUGGAAGCGAUACCCAAUUCUUCUCAUCAUCCGCCUGGGUCAGAACACUAUUCGAACGACUGGUCUAUUGUUCUUCAUCAUGGUCAUAUCGAUCAUCACGACAAGCCAGAAGAUAACGAAUCUGCCCGUUGGAUUCAUCGCAGUCUCAUUAUGCUUGAACUGGUUGUUAAUGGUAUUUUUCGGAGCAAAGCUUGGAAGAUACAAGAUCAUGCUAUAUCCGAUCAUGUUUGUCAUCAAUCCGUUCAUGAAUUGGAUCUAUAUGGUGUACGGGAUAUUCACAGCCAGCCAGAGAACGUGGGGAGGCCCACGCGCGGACGCCGGGAAAGCCGACGCAAAGACAACAGCAAGUGA